AUGGAACCACAUAACAAUACACAAAUUUCAGAAUUUCUUCUUCUGGGAUUAUCAAAGGAACCAGAAUUGCAGCCUCUCAUAUUUGGGCUUUUCCUCUUCAUGUACCUGAUCACAGUGAUUGGAAACCUGCUCAUCCUCCUGGCCGUCAGCUCAGAUCCCCACCUUCACAUGCUCAUGUACAUUUUUCUCUCAAAUUUGUCUUUUGUAGACAUCUGUUUCACCUCCACCACCAUCCCAAAGAUGCUGAAGAACAUUCAGACCCAGAACAAAGGCAUAACCUAUGAAGGCUGCAUCAUCCAAGUGUGUUUUUAUUUAAUCUUUGCAGGACUAGAUGACUUUCUCCUGGCUGUGAUGGCCUAUGACCGAUAUGUGGCCAUCUGUCUCCCCCUGCGCUAUACAGUCAUCAUGAAUCUCCAGCUCUGUGGACUGCUGGUGCUGGUGUCCUGGGUGAUGAGUGCCCUGAGUUGCUUGUUACAAACCUUAAUGUUGUUGCAAUUGUCCUUCUGCUCAGACAUGGAAAUCCCCCACUUUUUCUGUGAACUCCAAGAGCUGAUCCAACUUGCCUGUUCUGACACUUUUCUCAGUAACAUUGUGAUGUAUUUUGUAGCUGGGCUGCUGGGUGGUGGUCCCCUGGCUGGUAUCCUUUACUCUUACUUUAAGAUAGUUUCCUCCAUAUGUGGAAUCUCAUCAACUCAGGGAAAGUAUAAAGCAUUUUCUACCUGCUCAUCUCACCUCUCAGUUGUCUCCAUAUUUUAUUUCUCUGGCUUAGGCGUGUACCUUAGCUCUGCAGCUACCCACAGCUCACACUCAAGUGCAACAGCCUCGGUGAUGUACAGUGUGGUCACACCCAUGCUGAAUCCCUUCAUCUACAGUCUAAGAAAUAAAGAUAUAAAGAGAGCACUAAGAAGAUUCUUUGGGAUGGACACUUUUAUAAGAAGGCCGUUUGUUUUGGGACUGAAAAAAUACCCAUGA